UGCCUCUCCAGUGCUGGGGUUAAAAGCAAGAGUCACCAUGCCUGGCUGUCAUACAAUGAAUGUCCAAUGAGCAUUUAUCAAGCAACUGCCCGGCUGUCAGGUAAUGUAUGAAGCACUGAAAUUCUAGAAAUACCUAAGGGGAAGAAGUUCCUGCUUACUCCACCUGUAAAGUGGGGGAAUGGAACAGAAACGGUGUUCUAGCAUUACCUAGCCAAUCGUUGCUGCAGCAUACUGAGGACUGGAAGAUUGAGUUUUGCUUGAAGGUGCUCUUCCUAUGGGGGUAGCGGGCAGGUGACUCAAUUUGCAGUUCAGCCUUGAGCUUUGCCGGAAGAGAAGUUUGAAAAGUGCACUGCAAACACCAGAAAGAAUCUCGGUGGAGGGGCUCUGCUCUGGACAGUAGAUAUUUUUUUUCUUUUUAAUAUUUAUUAAAUAUAUAUGAGUACCCUGUAGCUGUCUUCAGACACACCAGAACUGGGCAUCAGAUCCCAUCACAGAUGGUUAUGAGCCACCAUGUGGUUGCUGGGAAUUGAACUCAGAACCUCUGGAAGAGCAGCCAGUGUGCUUAAACCUGUUCUCCAUACCAUUCUGAGCUUCGGCAAGGGAAAGGUGGCAGCUCCAGACAAUGUCCUCUCUACACAGGGCCAUGUCCACUCUAGAUCUUUGCAGUUGCUCUCUCCAACCUUGUACCUGUCCAGGGAUUCCAGAUACAGCCGGAAGAUGAUCGGAAUCCAUCUCAACAGUUUUCACAUAUACACUUUAACGAAGGACUUGACAAAAGAUUCCCCUUAUGUAAACCAUACGGCGAUGCCAGGGGGAGUGAGUAUCUAAUGCUCGGUAGUGAAUGCCAUACAAAAGGAAGAUUGCGUGAAACAAUAAAGUAAAUUUAAGCAAUUUAGAAACACAUUCCUGGAAUCUGUUUUGCAACUAGCUGCUUUGAAUCUGAGGCACAUCUUCCCUCAGGAGCAAUGUCAUAAAUGGUGCUUUAGUACCAAGAAAUCCCACUAAGGCCAUUUAAGCCAUAAUGUGACAAAGACGUGCCGGAGUAAUAGGAUUGUGUAAGGAUGUGGUUUAAAGGAUUCCGAAUAUUGGUGUUCGAAGAAAGGUAAUUUAAUUAGAAGAUGAUAUAUGAGAAAUAUGGUUGCCCCUUCUGUGAGAUGUCUGAGCCCCUUGGUGGUUUUCUGGGGCUCUGUCUCCUUUAAUGUCUAUUUUCUCAUGAAAGAAUACACAAUUCUCUCCUAUGGUGCCAUCGUAGCCUGUUCUGUUUUUUACAAUUGGUGAAAGGGGAGGGCUUGAGUCUGGCCUUGAAGAGUUGAUUUGGGGCAGCAGACAGUUUAGAAGACAAUAUGAGGAAAUGUUAGUUGAACAGUACUUGGAAGGAAAAGGAAGAAUCCUGGUACGGGCAUGAUUUCACCUGAAAAGAAGAAGGAAUCUGGAGGUGGGGUUUGGGGGAAUACUAGACAGAAGGCGUCAAUAGCUCAGGCUAGACCAACGUGCAUCAUGCCCUUAGAGUUUGCUUUCAGUGGUCUUUGGAACACAGAUUUUGUUACUGAGCUGGGUGGUGUCUUAGUUACCUUUACUACGGUGGCGAUAAAACUCCCAACAACUUAAGGGGGAACAGGUUUGUUUUGGUUGGCAGUUUUAGGGUACAGUCCAUCACGGCAGGGACUUUCUGGAGGCAGGAGCUUGAAGGAGCUGGUUGUUCUGCAUCUACGGGCAGGAAGCAGGAAGUAACGGAGUGCUCCUGUUCACGCACGUCUCUUAUGUAGCCCAGGACUCAAGCCCAGGGAGUAGUGCCACCCACUUUGGGGGUACAUCUUCCCACCUCUGGUAACUUAAGGUAAUCCCUCACAGGUACGCCAGAGGCUAACCUAAUCUGAACAGCCCUUCACUGGUGACCCCUGAUCCUACCAUUUUCACAAUCAACACCAACUGUUCAAGUGGUUACCACGAGACGUAGAUUUUGUAUCACACUCUUCCUGGUAAUUUUGGUGGCAGCUCAUGGGACACACAGUACUGAUUUUAUGUGUCAAUCAAUUGAAACUCUUGCCUUUAAUAGACAUCAAAUUCUGCUUUUGAUCUUCUACACGACUUUCUUUUCCUUCUUCCUCCAGCCUACACUGUAAGGUCCUAACUAGAUUAUUUCAUUCGCCGGUGUCCUUUUUUUUUCUCACUUUUAAAUGACAUCACAGGACCACAUAAUCUAUUCCUUCCAAUCCUGAAAAUUUCAUUAUGAAAUUCUCUCUAAAAUGACAAACCUUAAUGAACCAGGAAGAGGAGACCUAAUUAUAUGGCCCCAAAUCAGACAGCAUUAUGUAACAGGUGACGUGCACGCACAUACACACACUCACACACACAGACACACAGACACACAGACACACAGACACACACACAUACACACACACACACACACACACACACACACACAAAAUGCCUGUGCUCAGAGCUGUUCGAGUAUAGGGCUGUCCUGGUAUUUAAAAAAAAAAAAAAAAAAAAAAGAGGCCAGAGGCUGGUAAGAUGGCUCAAUAGCUAAAGGCACCGACCUCCAAGCCUGACACCUGAGUUUAAUUUCCAAAAUCCCCAUGGUUGGAAGGAGAAAGUCUCUCACAAUUUGUCUUCUGAACUUCACACACUAAAUAUAAUAAUUUGUUUUGUUUUAAAUUGCGUGAGCAUUUCCUAUAGGAAAUAUGUGCAGGUGAGUGCGCCCAUGUGUGCCCCUACAGGAAAUAUGUGCAUGCAAGAGUCUCCUGCCAGGUGCUGAGAAUUGAACUCACAUCUUCUGCAAUGACCCAUCUGUCCUGCUCUACCCAACCCGGUCUCCUAACCCAAAUUAAAAAAACAAGAGGGGCUGGGGAUUUAGCUCAGUGGUAGAGCGCUUACCUAGGAAGCGCAAGGCCCUGGGUUCGGUCCCCAGCUCCGAAAAAAAAGAACCAAAAAACAAAAAAACAAGAAGAUGCCAAGGCUGGGGGUGUUGCUACGUUGAUAGCGUGUUUACCCAGCAUGAACGAAGCCCUGAGUUCCAUCCCCAGCACUGCACAAAACUCAGGUUUGGUGGUUGGUGGUCCAUGCCCGUUAUCCCAUCACUCUCAGAGGGUGGAGGCAAGAGGAUCAGAAAUUUUGAAUCAUCCUCAGUUACACAGUGAGUUGGAAGACAGCCUGACUUCCCUCCCACUACCCCCCCCCCCCAAAGAGGUCAGAGAACAGCUGCAAAAUCUGUUCACUCUUAUCUCCUCCCACACAGAAAGAGUAAUCUGCAGAGCCUCAAGAAGAUAAACGCCUAUCGUCCCACCGGGAGAACCGCCAGGAGCGAGCACAGGGGAGGGCAACUUCGAGCAAGCGAAGAGCAGCCUCCUGCCGGAACCUCCCAUCGCCACUGCCCUGGCCGGAGGGGCCGAAGCGCCAGGGUCGGUCGGAAGCGUGGUCGCCACACUUCCGGUGUCCCGUGCUAGACCAGCUACACGUCUGGUGCUGGCCACACUUCCUGUUGAUCCGGGCGGCCGGGGCCGGGCUGAGGGGCGGGCCGCGGCCAGUGGGCAGGCGCGGGCUCGGAGCUAAGCCUCAAGUCCCCGAGUGCUGAGUGUCCCCUUCUCGCGUCCCGCGCUCCCUCACUGCCGCGCCAUGCCCGCCGUGGACAAGCUCCUGCUGGAGGAGGCGCUGCAGGACAGCCCCCAGACGAGGUCCCUGCUGAGUGUCUUUGAAGAGGAUGCUGGCACCCUCACAGACUACACCAACCAGCUGCUGCAGGCGAUGCAGCGUGUCUAUGGUGCACAGAAUGAAAUGUGUCUGGCCACGCAACAGCUUUCCAGGCAGCUGCUGGCAUAUGAAAAACAGAAUUUUGCACUGGGCAAAGGCGACGAAGAAGUAAUUUCUACACUACAUUAUUUUUCCAAAGUGAUGGAUGAGCUCAAUGGUCUCCACUCAGAGCUGGCCAAGCAACUGGCAGACACUAUGGUUCUCCCUGUUAUACAGUUCCGAGAGAAGGAUCUCACAGAGGUCAGCACUUUGAAGGAUCUCUUUGGACUUGCCAGCAAUGAGCAUGACCUGUCAAUGGCAAAAUACAGCAGGCUCCCUAAGAGAAAGGAGAACGAGAGGGUGAAGACGGACGUUGCAAAGGAGGUGGCAGCUGCCCGGCGGAAACAGCAUCUGUCAUCCCUUCAGUACUACUGUGCACUGAACGCACUGCAGUACCGCAAGAGGGCAGCCAUGAUGGAGCCGCUCAUAGGCUUUGCCCAUGGACAGAUUAACUUUUUCAAGAAAGGAGCAGAGAUGUUCUCCAAAAGUAUGGACGGUUUCUUAUCAUCCGUUACAGACAUGGUUCAGAGCAUUCAGGUGGAACUGGAAGCCGAGGCCGACAAGAUGCGGGUGUCCCAGCAGGAGCUGCUUUCAGUCAGUGAGUCUGUUUACACUCCGGACAUCGAUGUGGCCACACCGCAGAUCAACAGGAACCUCAUCCAGAAGACUGGCUACCUCAAUCUCAGAAACAAGACGGGACUGGUCACCACCACAUGGGAAAGGCUGUACUUCUUCACCCAAGGCGGGAACCUCAUGUGCCAGCCUAGGGGAGCUGUGGCUGGAGGCUUGAUUCAGGACCUGGACAACUGCUCUGUGAUGGCGGUGGAUUGCGAAGACCGACGAUACUGCUUCCAGAUCUCCACGCCCAGUGGCAAACCGGGGAUAAUUCUCCAGGCAGAGAGCAGAAAGGAAUAUGAAGAGUGGAUAUGUGCAAUAAACAAUAUCUCCAGGCAGAUCUACCUGACAGACAACCCAGAGGCAGUAGCCAUCAAGUUGAAUCAGACGGCUCUUCAGGCGGUGACUCCGAUUACAAGCUUUGGGAAAAAACAAGAAAGCUUCUACUUCAGUCAAAACAUAAAAAAUUCAGACACAGGAUAUGUCAAGAUUGUUCCCAAAGCAGCAGCCAGCAUUCCUGAGACAGAGGAACUGAUUGCACCUGGGACACCCAUUCAGUUUGACAUUGUACUUCCUGCAACGGAAUUCCUUGACCAGAACAGAGGCAGCAGGCGCAUCAACCCUUUUGGUGAGACGGAGGAUGACUCAUUUCCGGACGCAGAAGACUCUCUCUUGCAGCAGAUGUUCAUCGUUCGGUUUUUGGGAUCGAUGGCAGUUAAGACAGACAGCACUACGGAAGUGAUUUAUGAAGCGAUGCGACAAGUACUGGCUGCUCGGGCUAUUCACAACAUCUUCCGCACCACGGAGUCCCACCUGAUGGUUACCAGUCAGACUCUGAGGUUGAUAGAUCCUCAGACUCAAGUGUCACGGGCCUGUUUUGAGCUCACCAGUGUCACACAGUUUGCUGCUCAUCAAGAAAACAAAAGGCUGGUUGGCUUCGUCAUCCGAGUGCCGGAGUCUACAGGAGAAGAGUCUCUGAGCACAUACAUUUUUGAAAGCAACUCAGAAGGCGAGAAGAUAUGUUAUGCUAUUAAUUUGGGGAAAGAAAUUAUUGAGGUUCAAAAGGCACACUGACCUGAUUAGAACACCGACAAUCACGUGUGGAGUGUACCCUUGGAUGCCCUGGCACAGAGACUUGGGAGGGAGACAGUCAGAAAUGGGUGAGAGCGUGCCUACCCAUCUACAAAUGCUAUUUUAGGUGCUCUGUGGUAAGUCUUUGCUUCAGACUGUUGGGGGCCCAGAAUGAGAGCUAUAAAAAUGCAUUGUUCACUUUAUUUGGAUAGCAUCACUUCAGUUCCUAGGAUCCUUUUGUAAAUGGAAAAACCCUGGAUUUACAACUUGUUAAAUACUAAAUAGUUCCUAUUAAUAUGAUCUAUUUUUGUAUUUUACUUAGUUUUUAAGUGCCUGUCAUUCUGAAUAUUAUAUAUUUAUAACCCGCUGGUCUCAUGCCUAGACCUCAUGGCAUUGCUAUGCAAUUUGGUCUUAAACACUAGCAGAUAGCAAAUCUUCACAACAGAACCUUUCAAAACAAGCUUUCAUUCAAAAGCUUCAGGUCCUCUUAAAUGUGGCUGCUUUCUGGGGCUAUUCACUGUGAGCAAGGGACAGCUCUACUAGUUCCUGUUUCUUCUGAGCCAGACCUUCCUCAAAGGGACCAAUUAAUUUUAACACUCACUUGAAGCUCAGCGGGCUGUGGAACUAUGUUUGAAGUUCUGGUUUCUACCCUGAUGAUUCUGGUUCCUGGAGACCCAGACCAAUCUCCAACUCCUAGUUAUGAAGUAGAGAUAAAGAUCUUGAAAUCAUGCAGCAUAAAUUAAUUGUAACCACCUUCAACAACCUGCCUUUGUAAUAAUUUAGCAAUAAAAACUGUUUCAUCUCUU